AUGGCCUCGCAGUCGAGCAGAUUCACCUCCACUCAGCCCUCCCGCCGUGUCCGAUCUCGGAGGCGGCCAUAUUCUCUCAGAACCGUUCAGACCAGAACCCAGCGCGGUUCUCCUCAGGGGUUCUUUGAGAAACUGCCCGCUGAGGUGUUCGACUUCAUUUUGGACUUCCUGUCAGCCGUCGAUGCCAGUGUUUUUAGCAUGGUAUCAAAAACCAUCUCCGGCUGCAUAAUGAGGCACGUGUCCACUUUUGCCUGGAGGAACCAGAUGAUCUUGCAGUGGUUUCACUGCACGUCACCCGAAGCCGAGGGCUCUGUGCUCGACCAUUUCAGACACCUGGGAUUACUCUUCAAGAGAUGCACUCUGUUACUGCCAACCAAGGACAGGUUAAGGUUUUCAUAUUCCGUGUUUUCACAGGUUCCCUGUUUAACGAUGGAGCAGUGCGCCGCCUUUCCUUUCUGCCGAGGCUUCAUUUAUUACGGAGUGUUCCUGAAUACCCUGAUAGCUGGUUGGGAUGAACUGGAGUGUCACCGUGUCUUUGACUUUUUGUGUGAGACCACAAACCUUCAGCGGACAGUCGAGGCAGCGGUUACAUGCAGGCCAGGUGCAUGUCACCGGUUGGAGCUGGCGGUCCGUCUCUUCUGCAGAGGUGUGCUCUUAAAUCAGUGGCAAAGAAGACGGGAUUCUUUCUUCUGGCUGAUGUGCAUCCUCAGACCCUGGCCGAUCGUCAGCCAGGCUCGCCUGCUCUUCAUCCUCUUCGGACCACUUCAGUCUGAUGGUAAGAUAGGCUGGCAGCGUGUUUGUGAUCACGUGGUGGGGCAAGGUGGCCUUUGGGACUUGGCCAAGGCCAUUAUUCUCCUCCAUGAUCACGAAGAGACCAAAGGCUGGAGACCUGACACCGUUCUCUCCAUCAUGGAUGAGAUGAUGGUUACGCCACUUCCAUGGCAUACGGAGAACAUGGCGCGUCUCCUCAUACUGUGUGGGAAGAGUAUCUGCUACAGUGUUCUAGCAAGCAAGGCCAUCAACGGCAGGCUCUCUGAGAUCUCUCGGCUCCUCAUCUUUCUCAUUCUGGUGAGUGAGAAGGACGGCUACUGCAUGAAGUGGGCAGUGAAGAUGACCCAGCAGGUGUGUCAGGUGUUCUCCGUGGCCUCAGAGAAGUGGUCCUUCAUCCAGAGUGUGGAGAACAUGCUUUCUGAAGUCACCAUGGAGCUCUAUGAGGUCGUUAUGGCAGGAAAUCACAACGGAGACGUGGAUCCAUUACAGCACCUGUGCUGCCUCUUGAAUGCAAGCGCUCACUUCCACACGGAGAUCGUCUACAUGUCCCUCAGUAAAGACUGAAAUCACACCAAGGUUACCAAGAGGCUCAGAGGUCACUCGAGGGCAGAACUAACGACGUACUGUAUAUGUAGAUAAGUGUGGUGUAAACUCAGGGUUUUGCUAGCAAGUAGAGAGAACACUGAUCUGAUACCAGAUAUCGGACCAGUAUCAGAAAAAAGCAAUCAGAUCUUUGAACAAAUCUGUCCUGAAGUGGCACAAACUCACACUGUGAGAUGAGCUGUGGAUUUCCUCUUACAGGGUGGUGGAGUGUUUGAUUAAUUUGAGCACGAUGGUGACUUUUAGAAGCUCAUCUUAAGUGCUUCAAUUAAAAAUAGCUCAGUGUAAAACUUAGUAAGUUUUAAUGAAAAAAGGGCAUUGUAAAAGUGGAGAUACUGGCCAGUACUCAAGGUUCCAGUAUCAGAAAAGAAAAGCAGUUUUGUUGCUUCUGUACUAGCAAGACUUUUAACAGGUUGCAGUCUCCAUUCUUUUUAUUUACUGCACUGAAACAGGACUUAAACAGUCCUCUAUGACAGCGUCCAGACAGAAGUGGCUCGGCUGCUUUGAGAACUACUGCUUUAAAUAGACUUUUGUUUAAAAAUGUGGUUUCAUUAUCAUCCCUGACGGGGACAGUUCCGCAGCGUUCAUCCCUCCAGUGUCAGUGUUAUAACUGUGCUGUCGUCUGCGGUGAAGCGUUAACUCAGACUAAACAGAGCUGAUGGUUCGCCGCGUCCGUGUCUCAGGUUAUAUUUAAGGAUGUGAGUUUGAAUAAUUUUACGUUGAAGGGUUUUUGCUGUUCAAGUCGUUACAAGCAGCACUUUUGCUAAAUGUUUUCUGAUUAUAAAAGCUGCAACAUUGCAGAGUUGCUUGUUGGGCAGAAAAAUCCCAAAACACUGUCUGUGUUGGAAUCUGAGCCUAGUCCUUUUUCUGUAUUUAUUGUUGAAUAUUUAUUUAUUUAUUGAUUUAUUUAUGUAUUUCACAGCAUAUUUAUCAGAUAUGCUGAAUAUAUAUUGAAUUUUACAGGUUUCUCUAUAAUGUCUGUGUAUUAUUCAUGGGCACUCGAAGUAUCUGAGAAUUGAAUGUGUGAAUAUGAGCCUGUGAUUUUGUUACAGUUAUUUGAUUACUGUGUUGUUGGCUGCAGCCUUGUUUAUAACUUUUCUGUCAGACCUGUGUUUUAGAUUUAAUCUGUUUAUUUAACAGCACUAUUUUGCACCAAAAGUGAGGCAAUAA